AUGUUACAAAUACAAAUAAAACAUCUUAAUGAUGAUUUAAAACAAGCAUUAUUAAUAAAACCUAAUCUUUAUUUAUAUCAAAAUAAUCAACAUGAUCAUCUUAUUGAACAAUUAAAUUCUAUUACAAAUCAUUGUAAUCAAUUAGAAAAUGAAAAUAUACAAUUAAAACAAACAAUAAAUAAAAUGUCAGAACAAGCGAAACAAUUUGCUCAAUUAUCAAUCAUAAAUGAUAAUGAUCAUAAAUUAUUUAAAGCAAUUAAACAAAUUUAUCGAUUAUCUAUAGAAAAACAAUCAUUAAUUGAAUUAAGUAAUAGACUUCAAUCGAAAUUACGUCAAUUAAAUCAAUAUCAACAACAACCAAUCAAUAAUAAUAGUAAUGAUGGUGAUGAUGAUGAUGAUUUAAACAAUAUUCAAAAUUCAAUGAUCAAUCAUUUAAAUAUGAUAGAUAAUGUAAAAAAUAUGAAAAAACCGUUAAAUAAUAAUAAUAAUGAAUCUAUUACGAUGAUAAAAGAUAAUUUAAGGAAUACUCAUUUAGAUAAUGAUCAUGAUCAAAAACAGCAACAACAUCAGUAUCAUAUGACUGAUGAUGUUGAAUCAAUAAUAACAGGGAAAGGAUCUAUUUCUACUAUAUUUAAAUUAUUAGAUGAAGUUCAUUCAUUAGACAGUGAAAAUGAUAUUGAAAGUUUAUAUGGAAAUAGAUUAAUUAUAAAAGGAAAACAUAAAUAUAUCCAUAAUUCUAAAGUAUAA